UAACCUCUAAUGCUGCAAACAUGCAGUUCCACUGGCGGUUUCUCUCUCACACGGAUCCCGUUUUUGCUCCCUCCGUUCUCUCACAUGCACAGAUCCGCAGCUCGUGCAGCUCCACCCACCUGUAGAUAAAAGCCAAACCCUCACCGGGGGCUUCUGUUCAGCGUCUGUCUCAAACUCCUCAUAGCUCUGUGGUACUUCCACCCUGCAGCAGCACACACAGAGGGCCCGGCGGGACUGCAGCUACCGCCACCUGGCCGGAUCACUUGCAUGGCCGCCGCCCCACUCAUGCCUUGGAAAAGACCCCGAGAAGAGACCUAAAGAAAGGGGAGGGAGAGGAGGAAGUUGACUAAGGAGGCCAGGCCAGAGGUGGGAGAGGAUCUUUAGUUGGAGAGGGGGGAAAAUUCCAAACAUCGCGACCUAAUUUCAAGAAAAUGGUGGCCGUUCCCCUCGUUUCCUGUUGUCUGCUCAUCGCAGCGUUCGAGCUGUGUUUACUACAUCUGGCUCAUGGCGGGGCGUAUUACGGACAGAAACAGCCGCCUCAGCAGCACCAGCCCUUGCCACAAUACAACGAUGGAUAUCCUCAGCAGCAGUUUCUUGGGAAUGAGAUGCCUCACCUCCCGUACGGCAAGGAGGCACCGUUGCUGACUCAGUAUGGGAAAGAGUUUCCUCAGCUGCCUUUGCAAAUGGGCAAAGAGAGGCCGCUGACCGACAGCAAAGGACCAACAUUCCCCAGAGGAGCUAAAGGACCACCCCCACCCCGUCCCGGUGGAGAAGGCAUCCGAGAGGGACCAACUUUCCCCAGAGGAGCUAAAGGGCCCCCACCCCGUCCCGGUGGAGAAGGCAUCAGAGAGGGACCACAAGGAAUUCAGGGCCCACCGGGACCAGCGGGACCCCCAGGACCGCAGGGUCCCUCUGGGCUACCGGGCCAAGGAUUGCCAGGUUUGCCAGGAAAGCCGGGGCCCACUGGUCCUCAGGGCUACCCAGGAAUUGGAAAGCCCGGAAUGCCAGGAUUGCCGGGGAAACCCGGAGGACCAGGAUUACCCGGACCAAAAGGUGACUUUGGCCCCAGUGGCGGCGAAGGACCAACCGGUCUACCUGGGCCGCCGGGGCUCCCGGGCCCCACAGGACUCCCCGGGAUUUCCAAACUAGGAGGUCAUGGGCUGCCGGGGCCACCAGGACCUCUGGGGGAGCCUGGCCAAAAAGGUCCACCGGGAUCUCCCGGUUUUCCGGGCCCCAAAGGAGAGAAAGGAUUCAGUGUGCCAGGCCUUCCGGGUUUGAAAGGACCUGGUGGCCCACCAGGUCCACCUGGACAGGCAGGAAUGCCCGGCAUCGGUAAACCCGGCCUGAACGGUCUUCCCGGGCAACCAGGGAUCCCUGGAAAACCUGGUCCUCCUGGAGAACCGGGACCAAUGGGUCCGAGCGGGGAAAGAGGCCAACCGGGACAACCUGGCAUACCGGGGAUCGGAAAACCGGGUAAAGAUGGUUUCAGAGGGCAACCAGGGUUUGCCGGAGGGAAAGGAGAACCAGGCCCUCCUGGGUUUCCGGGUGGCCCGGGCCUGCCAGGUUAUGGUAAACCGGGAUUCCCGGGACCCAAGGGUCACAAGGGACAUGCUGGCCUUCCCGGACCGCCGGGCCCAAAAGGUGAUAAAGGUCAUGGAGGUCCUCCGGGGGUCAUCGGCCCAACCGGUCCUAGUGGAAUGCCAGGCCCGCCUGGUCCAAUAGGGCUUCCUGGUAGUCUUGGCUUCCCUGGACAAAAGGGAGAGGAUGGCGCUGGGGGGCCGAGGGGAACUCCGGGUACAAAGGGUGAAACAGGGCCUUCCGGUCUUCCGGGACAUUCGGGCAGGCCCGGAGAAGUCGGACAGCCAGGACCAAGAGGCUUACAGGGGCCAAUCGGCCCCAAAGGUGAAGCCGGAGGCAGGGGUUUGCCUGGUGCCCCUGGCACCUCGGGAUUACCGGGACCACGAGGAGAGGGAGGACAGCCUGGAGACCGAGGCCACCAGGGACCUCAAGGCAUUCCCGGGCUUAUGGGACCGGGAGGUCCUAUCGGUCCUCCUGGGCUCCCAGGACCAAAAGGUGAAACGGGCGUUCCUGGUAAACCUGGAUAUCCCGGCGAAGGAAACCCCGGACCCCCCGGUCACAUUGGUCCUCAAGGCAACCCAGGGCCCAGUGGCCCUCCCGGACUUCCUGGGCAACCGGGACAACCCGGGCCUCCCGGUCCUCCGGGGCCAUCUGCCGUAUCACCCGACCUCGGACAGAUUCUCCCCGCUACCGGCCCGUACACCGGCCCACAACAAGGUUACACGAAGAAUGGAGGUGAAAUCGGGGGAGCUAGUCUGGAGAUGCCUUCGUUCACGGCAAAGCUCACCAAUCCAUUUCCUUCCGUUGGUUCCCCCAUCGUCUUCGAUAAACUCCUACACAACGGCAACCAGGACUACAAUCCCCAGAGCGGUAUUUUCACCUGCAGCGUCCCAGGGAUCUACUACUUUGCUUACCAUGUCCACUGCAAAGGAGGUAACGUUUGGGUGGCAUUGAUGAAGAACAACGAGCCAGUAAUGUACACUUACGACGAGUACAAAAAGGGCUUGCUGGACCAGGCUUCGGGGAGUGCAGUACUCCCGUUAAGAAAAGGAGACACCGUGCACAUGCAGCUUCCGUCGGAGCAGGCGGCCGGACUUUAUGCCGGUCAAUAUGUGCAUUCCACGUUUUCAGGAUACUUGCUUUACCCAAUGUAAGAAAUGCAUCAAAACAGGCCAAGUCAGGCAUGAUAACAAGAGUGAAACUACUUCAGGCGGAAGGUACAAUGCAGGUCCAGUUUACAAUGACCGGUGGUGGAGAAAUCUUGUGGAAACAGAACGAUUUGGGAGCAGAGGUCAACUGAUAUCACAGUAUGCUUCCUUGUCCAUUUACAUUUACGUAGCACACGUUUAUUCUUAUAUCCAUCAUCGCACAAUAUACCAGUGUUCACAAUACAGAUAACAGGAUGCGUUUUUUUGUUGUUGUUUGUUUGUUUGUUUUUUUUGCUGUACAGUGGUAAAAACUGUAUUUUGGGCACAUAAAAAUACACAACUCAUUUACUCUUACACUUAAAGUUGGGUUAUGUAGUUUGGCUCGUCUUGCAAUUAUUAAAUUAUUGUUAGUCUUUUUUGUAUUACUUGUAACACGCAGCUUUUGAAUAAACCAAAGUCUUCAUGCACAUUUACCAAUAUAAUACAUAGUGAGGUGACAGUAAGACAACCAUUGUAUUUUUAAAAUUCCUCCAGAACAUUUGAACUGUUGGCAUCGUAGAUUGUUGUGUUUGUCUUGAAUACUAAUUCUUUGAAAAGGUCUGUCAGUAUUGUCUGUAAUUUAUUUUUUUGGACUACUGAUUACAUGGAUUUGUCUUGUGUGUUAAACGGUCAAUGAGGGAAUUCAUUCCAAAAUGCAGAACAUUCACACUGAGGAGAAAAAUAUUCCCAAACCCUGUCCAUACAUACCAAAAAGAGCCUUUUUUCUGUUUUGUUUUUUGUUUUUGUUUGUGUUGUUUCUUUUGUACCUUAUUUUGUUAAACUGUGGAUGUGUCAUUUUAGAAUGAACACUUUAAAGUUGUUUUCCGUCUUUCUUUCUUUCUUUUUUUCUUUCCUCUGGACAAUGGUGCACAGAACAAAAGUGCAGCCAAAGUAUGUGAAUGUUGAUGUGUGUCGUUUGGAUUGUUUCGAAAUGGGAUUAAUAAAGAAAGCGAAACAUU